AAUUAAUACUGCAUGUGUGUAUGCAAACAGUAAUGUGAUUCGAGCUUUUACACUCAAAAUACAACGCGUAGCUUUUUAUCAGAAAACAAAAGGCACAUGAGGAGAAACCGCGUCCUCCUCUGCAGGUAUGUAAUGUUAUGCUCCCCCUCUUGUGCUGCUGUUGUAUCCCACGCAGGGCACGGCGGUGUGAACCAGCUCGGCGGGGUGUUCGUGAACGGCAGACCCCUCCCGGACGUGGUGAGGCAGCGGAUCGUGGAGCUGGCCCACCAGGGCGUCCGGCCCUGCGACAUCUCCAGACAGCUACGGGUCAGUCACGGCUGUGUCAGCAAAAUCCUCGGCAGGUACUAUGAAACCGGCAGUAUUAAACCCGGAGUCAUUGGUGGCUCCAAACCAAAGGUCGCAACUCCGAAAGUGGUGGAUAAAAUUGCAGAAUAUAAGCGACAGAAUCCAACCAUGUUCGCUUGGGAGAUAAGGGACCGACUACUGGCUGAGGGCGUCUGCGAUAACGACACUGUCCCCAGCGUUUCAUCCAUCAACAGGAUUAUCCGCACCAAAGUCCAGCAGCAAUUCCACCCGUCCCCCGACGGAUCCGUCACGCCGCUCUCCACGCCCGGCCACACCAUAGUGCCCAGCACAGCCUCCCCCCCUGUGACCAGCGCCUCCAACGAUCCCGUAGGAUCCUACUCCAUCAACGGCAUUCUGGGUAUCCCCCGCUCCAACGGCGAGAAGAGGAAACGAGACGAUGUUCUCUGGAGUGGCAACCACUUGGAUGGAAGGAAAAUAGGACAUUAUGGCUCUGAUGGCUCAGGCCCCGGCAGCGACUCUCAGGGCAGUGUGGAGAGUUUAAGGAAGCAUCUGCGAGCAGACGCCUUCACCCAGCAGCAGCUGGAGGCCCUGGACCGUGUGUUUGAACGCCCUUCUUACCCUGAUGUCUUCCCCACUUCAGAACACAUCAAACCCGAACAGGCGAAUGAGUACUCUCUCCCAUCCCUGAAUGCUGGCCUGGAAGACGUGAAGCCAAGCCUCUCCACCAGUGCCAGCUCCGACCUCGCCUCCAGUGUCUCCCAGAGCUACUCUGUUGUGACAGGUCGAGACAUGGCUAGUACCACCUUACCUGGCUACCCACCUCAUGUCCCCCCAACAGGACAAGGCAGCUACCCCACCUCCACACUCGCUGGAAUGGUUCCUGGAGGGGACUUUUCUGGAAACCCUUACUCUCAUCCACAGUACACCACUUACAAUGAAGCAUGGCGGUUCAGCAAUCCAGCAUUACUAAUGCCGCAUCCCGUGGCUCCGCACCUCCCACUGCUGCCACUGCCUACGACCGCCACUAGUUACCAUGGAGACCAGCUCAAACUGCAGGGCCAGGGCUUCGGCCUCCAUAUUGUCCCCGUCUGA